AUGGCACGAACAGGACGCCCACGCAAGACGGGAGGCAGCGGCGCAAAGCCAAAGCAGUACAAACGGGAAUACGCUUGGAAGAAGCUGAGAGCUGUCAUAAAGGCCAAGGUUGCUGGUGGCUCUCGUUAUCAUCAGCGUAACCGCACCCUCGGCAUGAGUGCUACGCUGUCAGCGGAAGUAGAGAAGCAGUUGGUCGGGACCAGAGGAUCACGCAGUGGUCCGUUCAAGGCCUCCUGGAGCUGGCGAAAGCAUUUUCUGCGCCGCCACAAGCUCUCUAUUCGCCGCCGAACCCGAGAAGGGCAGUGUACACCGGCCGACGCAGAGCAGAAGGUGGAGGAGCUCAGCAACCAAGUGCGUCUCAAGAUGGAUGAGCUCGGUGUUUCUGUUGUUUACAACGCUGACCAGACCGGUAUGUACCAAAUAUUCACAACGUGUGAGACGUGGAAAUAA